GGCGGCGGAGCGGCCAUGGCGUGCGGGGGCUUCGCCUGCUCCAAGAACUGCCUGUGCGCCCUCAACCUGCUCUACACGCUGGUGAGCCUGCUGCUGAUUGGAAUUGCAGCAUGGGGAAUUGGCUUCGGCCUCAUCUCUAGUUUCAGAGUUGUUGGAGUGGUAAUUGCAGUAGGAGUCUUCCUCUUCUUUAUUGCCUUAGUUGGAUUGAUUGGUGCUGUGAAACAUCAUCAAGUAUUGCUAUUCUUUUACAUGAUUAUUCUUCUGCUAGUCUUUAUUGUCCAGUUUUCUGUCUCCUGUGCCUGUUUGGCACUAAAUGAGGAACAGCAGAGUGAACUUCUAGAGGUGGGAUGGAGUAACACCAACAGCGCAAGAACAGAUAUUGAGAGAAAUCUGAAUUGUUGUGGAUUCAGAGUUUUUUACCAGAAUGAAACCUGCGCCGCUGAUUGUCUUCGAACUCUCCACUGUAGACCAUGUGCACCGAUAAUGGAAGAAUAUUCUGGAAUGGUGCUGAGAUUUGUUGGCGGGAUAGGACUCUUCUUCAGUUUCACAGAGAUUCUGGGAGUCUGGCUGACUUACAGAUACAGGAACCAAAAGGAUCCCCGUGCAAACCCUAGUGCAUUUAUUUGAUAAGUUUAUAAAGGACUAAAUCUUCUCUCUGCACCCUCUACUUAAAAAUACUGAUUCUCCAUACUUGGUAUUUCUCCAUAAAUAGGUAUUCUACAUGUACUCAAAAUAACACACAAGUCCUGUAAGAAAUGUGUAGUUUUCAUAUUUAAUUUCUGAUGUUUUUCUUCUAAGAAUCUCUAUCUUAAAGUAGAUGGGUGCAUUCAGUAGCUGGGCAGAGUUGAACUGCUGUUUAAGACUUCGUUAAUUGUUACGGUAAACUCUAUACAAUGAGUUUUAUAGCACUACUGGGUUAUCUGCUGUAAAAAAAAGCCCCUAGAAGUAUUUUCUGCUGUAUUCAUUGAUUACAAAAAUUCACAUGAAUUCUCAUUAAAAUGAUAAAAAUUUAUGGUGGAUGGUUGGGUAUGAUUUACUUAGGUUUUAAGAUGUACUCUAGUAAACUUUUUCGUCUCCCACUUUCCUGUUAAGGUAAAAAUAGAAGCUAGAGAUGUUAUUUUCUAUAGUGCACAUAAGUGUAUGUUAAUGACUACUGUAGUCUUCACCCCUCCCCCUUUCCUGUUUGUUUUGGUUUUCUGGUAGCUUUAGAAUUUUAUUGAGAAUAAAAACAAUGUUAAUGAAUAUUGUCAUUAUGAGAACAAUGAAUGAAGAAAACCAGGAGAAUGUUAUCUGCAUCUGAUUAACUUGAAACUUUUGUCCCUUGACAAGUGAAUGAGGUUUGGUAUUUGCACAAUCAAUGUCUGUCAUCUCUGAUACAAGAAACUUGAUGUCUG